AUGGAGGAGGAUGACAGCCAAAUCGCCUUACAGGCGCUUUCGAGACGCACGACGGAACCUGAAUAUGCUUCCAGCACCGAAGAAGAUAGGACCCGAGAGCCUUCCGCUCUCGACGUGCCUCCAGAUGCCGAUUCAGCUCACCUACCGCACGAUGAACUGCCCGCAUAUUCGCGAGCUGCGCCGAGGAUCCAGGCCCUUGGACGUGGCCACAGCGCAACCCUUCAUCAUUCCCCAUGGGUUCUAUUUGGCACGAUCCUUUUUGCCGCGCUGGUAGUCUACUCUUGGGUCGUGCUGGCUAUUUUGUCAUUUCGUCCGAUGAGUACGCGUAGCUGGGAAGCAUAUACUACUCAAUAUGGCAUUUACCCGCAAAACUUAGACUAUUCGAUCGAUGCGCAGCUAUAUCGCUCGGCGAGAAUCAUACAAUCCAUCGUCAGCGUGCUCAUCUUACCAUGGACCUCAGCUGUCUGCGCUUAUGCAGCAGUGGUUUUUGUCCAGAAUCAAAAAGAUGGGUUGAGCAUGACUAUGCGACAAGUCAUGAAUCUGGCAGAUCGUCGUUGGAUGGAUAUUUCAUUGAUUCCUGAUCUAAUUGCCGGAAGCUGGAAACAGCAUGGAAGUGCUUUGCUGGCCCUAGCCAUCUUCCUUCACUUCCUCGGUCUGAUCAUCUAUCCGAUCCAGUCCAUUGUGAUCAACUCCAACGCGAUUCAUGUUCCUGUUUACCCAAAUGAAAUGGGUCAGAUAAGUGAUCUUGCGCAUAUGAGAGAACAAUACGACGUUACUGCUGGAAGCGACGUGGUCCAAGCUCGCAAUGCUCUCGCUGGGGUAGACAUGCACACCUGGCACCCACAGCUCUGGGAGUAUGGAGGCCACCAGCGAUUCUCAACGUUCGUCAACCUGUCUGCCAUGAACGAUCCAUUCUUUUCUCCUUUGCCGAACGGCUUCAAUACCGGGUUGCUCCGCCAAUAUGCUCCACGCAUCAAUUCAAAUACCUCUGUACGGGUUAUCCAGGAAAAUGAAUAUCCGUCAAACUGCCAUUCUGACCCUACCAACUUUUUCGCCAACUACUCGUCUGUCUACGCGUAUUUACCUGGGAGCAGAUACUCUACUACCUCGACCUGGGUUAUUUCCGCUUGCAUGCUUAGCUCAAACACCACUUCCCCUUGGUCAGCAACCAGAGAUCGCCAAGACUUUUACGAAGUGCUUUAUAUCAAUGCAUCCAAUCAAGAUAGGGAGUAUCCAUCGUCGCCCCUGAAUAAUGGGACACUUCUUGAAGUCAAGCUCCAUACAACUGCCGGCUAUUUUGAGCUUCCGAGCUAUAUGAACAACCAAACUGCAGGACCAUUGCUUGACAAGGAUCCAACGGGAAAUUGUGACAAGGGUGGUUAUAGCUGCAUCCAACAGGCCGCUACGUACUAUCUUGAUUACGCUCGGCAAGUUCGACGCCAAAGUGAUUCAUCCGACAAUUCGAACAAUUCGACCAUGACUACCAACCAAACCCUUCCAUGGUCCCCCAUGCUCACCUCAAAUAAGGGACCUCUGUUGACUACGGCACUCGCCAUCUUUGGCCCGGGAUCAUUUCUCAAUACAUUCUUCCCUGAAUAUUACACCAUUCAACAAAACAUAAUGGGCGCUGAUAUCAACCAGAGUUUAAGCCUAUCCACCAUGUGUAUUGAGAUUGCCCCUCUCACGAAUAUGUUUUCCAGCGCAAUGUACUCUGAGAUUUCAGCAGAUUCAUGUGUCUCAACUAUUCUUACUGCGUCCGGAGGCUAUUAUUACUCUACCAACCCCCACUAUUUAGUCGGCCAGUGGCUUGAUUCAACGUUUUCCAACACGGGAACCCUGACCAACGCCUUGAAUGCUGCUGCGUUCCUUGCGAACAAGCAAUUUGUUGAAUCUCUGGAUUCUUCGUAUGGUAUUUACCAAGACCUCGGCUCUGAAAUGAUGGUUCCGCAGUCCAGUGUGGCCGGUGUGGCUGUGGUUUCCGCAUUUCUGGGCCUGUACAUCCUCAUACUGUUGGCCCUGUCAUUGUAUGGAUGUCGUCAUUACCGCUGGACUUCACGACUGGACUCUUUCGCCAUGCUCCGUUUUGGUGCCGCUUACGGAAAUGGAGUUUUCCCGAUGCUAGUUACAAGCAAAACCCAACAUGUCAAGGAGCUUGACGAAGUUUCUGGUGUGGUUCGUGAAGUUGGUAGUGUUGCUGACGAUGCAAUUAUACCCAUUGGUCGAAUUGGUUUAGGGGAAGGUAAACCCCUGCGGAUGAACCGGAGAUAUGAAUGUUAUCAAGGAGACAAUGAACCCUUGACGACCGAGGAGGCCCUCACGAUCAGGCGCGGUGGCUGA